CUCUUGAUACUCGUCGAUGGCCCUCCUGGAAGACGACCCUCCCGCCGGAACCAUCACCCAACGAAAUGUCCGCCGGUAAAAGGACCGCCGGAAGUAGUUGAAAGCGACCGCUGACGGCGUCGCCGGUGGAGACUAACAGGAAAGCACGGAAGGUUCAGGCUGCAGAUUCAGCGCGUUCUUCUGCACGACAACUCCAAACCAGCUUUGUAAUGCUGUAGCUACUCAUCACAAAAGUUCGGCAACAAUCUGCUCCCUCGAUAAUCCCGGCCGCGGUCAAGCUGAUAGAACCGAUCGAGGUCCCGUUCACGGUAACGCUGGCCGCUCUUGGAACGAUCAAUUAUCUUGCGGAAAACAUGGACCAUGAGGAUCAUAAACCCACUAGUUCACGUCCCGGAUGACCAUUCCGGUUAGGUGCAAUCUGACGCCCUGCAAAUUCUCUGUUCGAUUAUGGUCUUCGCAACUUGGCGCAUACGGAAAAGGUGCUGAACGAUGGACAAACUUUACUAUUGCUUGACUCGACCACGAGUAUUCUGCCGUUGUUCCGCGGAUGGGACAGUCGCGACGCGUAACAGUUGCUCGAAGCCCCGCUCCGGAAGAAUAUUGGGACGGGAGGUUUACGGCUGCCAAUCUGUUUGUAAUCGAGCCGGAUUGCGAUUGAGAGAGGGUAAUCUUGCCCAACCAAGAAUCCGAAUCUGCUUCCGCCACCCACCCACCGGUGCCAUCGACCUGCUGCAGGAGAUGCUCCUCGAGCGUGUUGUCAUCCGGGCCGACUUAACGCUGUACCAGGACUUUAUACCCCAGCGUCGGGAUCUGCUGCUGGUUCCGGAACAAGGCAAGUGCGACACCGACGCGGCCCGCUUUCGCAACACUGGCAACCGACUCUAUCUGGACGGGAAGUAUGGGGAAGCUUUGGUAUGGUGCUUCGCGGAGAAGGAGACGAACCGGCUGGCCACGGGAUACGGGAAUCGGUCGGCGGUUUACUUCGAGCAGGGCGAGUACGUGUUUGCACUGUACAACAUCGAUCUGGCCAAGAAGCAUGAUUAUCCCGAAAAGUUGAUGCCGAAGCUGCGGGUCAUGGAGUUGAACUGCAAGCAGCAGAUUGCUGCUGGCCGUUCGAAGGGCACGGUUCCAAGUCCGCGGAUGGACAUUAAUGUGGACACCAACCCGAAGAUUCCCUUCCUGGCCAAGGGAAUAAGGGUUGAUCACCGGCGAAUCCUGGUCGCCGAAAAGGACUUAAAUCCGGGGGACGUGCGGAACCGCUGCUGACGGCGAUUGACUUCAACCUGUGCUACGAA